AGUGGGGACACCUGCAGGUACAGCCGGAAGAGAGGCUACGGCCACGCCCUCCACACGACACGCGGGGAGGGGCUUUAUGAGUAGGGGGCGGGGCAAUCAGCGGUACGUUGAAAAAAGAGAGUCCCAUCACUGGACACACCUGCCCCACAGGUGUCCGCAGCGCUUUUACUUUAAUGUAUCUGGCUCCGUGAGUGACUGGAUCAGCAGCAGCUGUCACGGCUCUGACGUGUCUGAGCUGCAGCAGGACUGCAAGCUCGUGACGUCACACACGUGUUUGAGGCUCAGGAGACACCUGGACCUGUGUGCUGGGCUCACCGUGAGUGGGAGGAUUUUCACGGCGGUUUCAUCUGUGGUUAGUUUGAAAUCACAGAAUCUGCGCUCCAAAAAAAAAAAAAAAAUGUGAGGGGAACUCAUUUUCACCGAGGAGUGACUCCUCUUCAAUUCACGCCAUCUUUGAGUCUCUGCGUUGUGACGUCACACCCCCAGCGUCAGGGAGCUCAGUGUGUAUCCGGAUUUCCACAAUAAAACGCCUCCAGCAGCGUGGGGAGCUGCUCACAGCGUCCACAAGGUGCGCGGGUGACUUCCUGUUUGAGCCACAGCUGUGCUCAGGUGAGCUCCUCGUGCUCAUAGGUACGCGGCGUGUCUCCUUAGUGUCCAGCACGUGAGCCCGGCCCAGGUCCACAUCAGCGGGAUCGAGUCCUCCUGUAACAGGAUGUCCACCACGUCUCAGAAGCACCGGGACUUUGUUGGAGAGCCGAUGGCGGACAAACCGGUGACGGCUCUGUCAGGCAUCGGAGAGACUCUGGGGAAGAAGCUGGAGGAGAAUGGCUUUGAUAAGGCCUAUGUGGUUCUUGGUCAGUUCCUGCUCCUGAGGAAAGACACGGAGAUGUUCACCGAUUGGCUCAAAGACUCCAUCGGCGCCAACUCUCGCCAGGCCAGCUCCUGCGCUCAGUGCCUGAAGGAGUGGUGUGAUGCCUUCCUCUGAGGUGCCGCCUCUUCACAAAAACCACACCUGGGUUUGCUCACUUCCUGUUUCUGAGGCUUCUGAUGGCUCUGCUCUGCUGCUGUUAGGUGUUUGAGGUGGACUUCCUGCAGGAGCGCUGUGAUGUCACAGCGGCCUGCCAGGUGUCUGUUUACCUGUUUUAUGAGUUUAUUUCACUGAAGAACGUUUACAUGAAUAAAAGCUUCGUCUCCACGG